UUUAGUUCUCCCUCCCUGUAUCCAGGGAAGUGAACUGGUCUGGGGCUGCUGUGAUGAAAUGCCAGAAGAAUAUCUCUCAAAGGCCUCACAAGCUGAUUUUUAGAGCUUUUCCGUUUUGUCGUCUUUGUCUUCCAAAUGGGAUCCAAUGAUAGCUGGACAAGUCAGUAAGCCCUUGCUGUCACUGCGGAGUGAAAUGAAUGCAGAGUUGAGAGGUGAGGACAAGGCAGCUACUUCAGACAACGAGCUGAAUGAGCCCCUGCUUGCGCCUGUGGAAUCAAAUGACAGCGAGGACACUCCCAGCAAGCUCUUCGAGGCCAGAGGAAACACAGUGCUGCCUGACACGAGCCCAGCAGACCAGCACCAACCCAGUCAGUCCCAUCCUCCGUUCCCUGUUGGGCCCCAGCCAUUAUUGACAGCCCAACAGUUAGCUUCAGCAGUAGCAGGGGUGAUGCCAGGAGGCACUCCAGCCCUGAAUCAGCCAAUCCUUAUUCCUUUCAACAUGGCUGGGCAGCUGGGGGGGCAACAAGGACUUGUCCUAACUCUACCUACAGCAAAUCUCACCAACAUCCAAGGGCUGGUAGCAGCAGCUGCAGCAGGAGGCAUCAUGACUUUGCCAUUGCAAAAUCUACAAGCUACCUCAUCCCUGAACUCCCAGCUUCAACAGCUUCAGCAUCUUCAGCAGCUCCAGCAUCAACAGCAGCAGCAGCAGCAGCAAGGUCAACAACAGCAACAGCAGCAGCAAAGCCAGCAGCAAACACAAGGUCAGCAGGCACAGACUCCACAGCCACCCCAGCAGACCCAGCAGCCACAACCAUCAGCGCCACCACAGCAGAACCAAACACAGUCCCAGAGCCAGACUCAACCACCUCCGGCCCCACAGUCCUCCAGCUCCCCUCAGAAAACCAGCCAAUCACCAGGGCAUGGCCUUCCAUCUCCUCUUACUUCACCAAAUCCACUGCAGCUGGUUAAUAAUCCGCUAGCAAGUCAAGCAGCAGCGGCUGCAGCAGCAGCAGCCAUGGGCUCGAUAGCAAGCUCACAGGCCUUUGGCAAUGCCCUCUCCAGUCUUCAAGGGGUCACAGGUCAACUUGUCACUAAUGCACAAGGACAGAUUAUUGGAACAAUCCCAUUGAUGCCUAACCCAGUCCCCUCCAGCCAGGCAGCAGGUGGAGCUCAGGGACUUCAGGUGCAGCCGAUAACUCCACAAUUAUUGACCAACGCCCAGGGUCAGAUCAUCGCUACAGUCAUCGGCAACCAGAUACUGCCAGUGAUCAAUACCCAGGGAAUAACACUAUCACCGCUCAAACCAGGCCAGCAGCUCCAUCAGCCCUCCCAGACGCAAGUGGGACAAGCAGCCUCACAACCCAAUCUCCUGCAUUUGGCUCACAGUCAAGCAUCUAUGUCUCAAAGCCCAGUGCGUCAGGCUUCCUCUUCUUCCUCCUCAUCUUCCUCCUCUUCAGCUUUGAGUGUUGGCCAGUUAGUCAGCAAUCCUCAAACAGCCACAGGAGAGGUGGAUGGGGUGAAUCUGGAAGAAAUCCGAGAAUUUGCCAAAGCUUUUAAAAUCCGGCGCCUGUCCCUUGGCCUGACGCAGACUCAAGUUGGCCAAGCCCUAAGCGCCACUGAAGGCCCAGCCUAUAGCCAGUCUGCCAUCUGCAGACACACCAUCCUGAGAAGCCACUUUUUCCUACCACAGGAAGCCCAAGAGAACACUAUAGCUAGCAGUCUGACAGCCAAACUGAACCCUGGCCUUUUGUAUCCUGCCAGGUUUGAAAAGCUGGACAUCACCCCUAAAAGUGCCCAGAAGAUAAAGCCGGUGCUUGAGCGGUGGAUGGCUGAGGCUGAGGCCCGCCAUCGAGCAGGUAUGCAGAACCUUACCGAGUUUAUCGGAAGCGAACCAUCCAAAAAGCGCAAGAGGCGUACCUCAUUCACGCCACAAGCCCUUGAGAUCUUGAAUGCCCACUUUGAGAAGAACACGCACCCCUCUGGGCAAGAAAUGACAGAGAUUGCAGAGAAACUGAACUAUGACCGGGAAGUAGUUAGAGUUUGGUUCUGCAAUAAGAGGCAAGCACUGAAGAACACAAUUAAACGUUUGAAACAACACGAGCCUGCAACAGCAGUUCCUAUGGAGCCUUUAACAGACUCUCUGGAAGAAAACUCCUAAAAACAAAAACAAAAAAAAAUCAAAACAAAACCACACACAAAAAAAACCCCGCACCAACAGAAACAUAACCAUUCGAACUCUGUGAAAAUACCUGUUCAUCACCCUUGUAAGUAAAAGACUGAGAAAACUACAAGAAGGACAAAACAGUUUAUAAAUGUCUAUGGGUUUUCCUAUUUAAAAAAACAAAACAAAAAAAUACACAACACUUAGUGUGUAUGUGUGUGUUGUAGAAUUAGUUCCCCCCAAAAAGAAAAAGCCAGUUUUUUUAAAUGGACUUAAAGUAAACCAAAUAACUGCUUACUUUUUUUCUGUAUAUUAUGGAAAUGUGAACACAUUUUAAGGAAAAACAAAACAAAACAAAAAAAAAACCAAAAAAAAUAAAAGAAAACUUUUAUCUGUUUAAAAGCGAAUACAAGCCUGCCACCUGGAGGAGUGAUUGUAGCCUUUCAGGUAUCAAGUGCUGAUUCACUAUGAAAACUAUUAACCAAAGUCAGAAACAUGGCAUUGCAAACUAGAUUGUUAGUCUACUCUUUUAUGAGUGUAAAAUUGUGUUACGAAUUUUUACAUUUGUAUUUUUCAAAGAGGAUGACAACAGGAUUAAUUUCUCUCAUUGUUUGCACCUCCUGCGGGUGUAUACAAACAGCUGUUAAAGUCAUUCCAUUGUGGUCACCUUCUUUCCAUCUCUUGUAGUCAACAGUUUUGCAGUCUCCAAGUGUUUGGGUGCCAAAAAUAAUUUAUUUUUAUUGUGAUUUGCAGGGUGUGGUAUUUCUCUUCGAAGGGUGUAUGUCUUGGUUUGCAUUUCUAUUUUCUUUUCUGAUUCUUUUUGCUGCCUCUCCUCUUCCAGAUCAUUCUCUACCCCUUCCCCAAACCCACAUAGCUCAGCACUGUUCGAAGAGUUUUAAAAAGAGAAGUGAAAUCUGAACACUUUUAUAUUGAUAUGCUGAAAUGCAAUAGAGGACAAAGAAGGAUUAGGAUUACGUCUCACACACUGAGUCCACACUGAACAUUGUACUCAUUGUCGAUUAUGUAGCUUGGGAUUUCUCUGUCCUUUGGCCAUGAACCUAGAGAGGUUAACCAAACUCAUUUUGUAGUAUAAAUACAAACUUCACACUUGGUUCAGCACUGCAUCUAUAGCAUGGUUCUGUUUGAAGUAAUUUCUCUCCAAAGUCCACUAGCCAAGGAAAUUUCUUGAGAUUCUGAUGAAAACAAAUGGACAGGAAGAGAAGUGAUGAGGAUGUUUUGAUCAUUACAUCACGAUGGACUGUUUUAAUGGUAGUGCUUUGUUCCUUCUGCCUUUUUUUCAUGCCAUCCUGAUACUGAUGCUGGCCCUGUUGACCUCUUCAUUAGGAGGCUAUGUUUCUGCAGAUGUUUGCUGUGACUGCUGGCUAGACUAAGCAAUCAGGACAGAGGGAAACCCUUUAUCUUUUGGGAAUAGUAAGGUGGGUCACCUGCAAUAUGUUUCAGAUGAAUUGAUUUUCCUUUAAAGACAACUUACCUUUGCGGCUUCCUUUUUGAUUGGACAAGCAUCUUCUAAAACACUGUGGCCUUUGAAUCUCACAGUAUACUAAGGCUCAGAGGGAGGGAAAGGUAUUGCAGGUUAUCAGCGGGGUAUGGGCUGACCCGUGAAGGUCACCUGCGAUUUUAAUCUUCUGCUGAGUUCUGUUCCAGCCUUUUGGGUUCAGCCCACUAUGAAGGUAGAAGCUGCAUCUUGAUCAGGACUUUAUAAAAGAUAACAUUAGGGAUUUGGUUCAGCUCACUGUAGAGAUGGAAUAAAAUUCUGCUGGUAUAACACCUGAUUGCAUUCACUGACCUCAGGAUGGUUGUACUGUGUUUUUCUCGUCUACCCAGGACGUUGAAGAUGGUUCCUGAAGUGCUGGAGUCUUCAAAUAACACCUUUCUUACAGCAUUUUCAAGAACUCAAGGCUAUAUCAAAAACUUAGCGAAAGAAAGGGACUUCCAUUGAUUUCCCUAGGCUUUGAAUCUGGCCCCAGCUAUUUUAUUAAUGGGAUUUGCCUUGUAGAAUGGGGUAUUUACUGCAUGGUUGGUGGAGUUUUAAGGCUUCAGAGACCAUCAUCUAUGCCAGAAACUACCUCUAAAUGUGAGCACUCUCAAAGGUCAGGGUUGGAAAGCAUUGAGAAUCCAGUACUCUGGGCUGGGCUCACAUCCAGCAAAUGCAUUUUAGGCUUUAAGCUUCAGCAGGGUAUGUUUAAGGAUAUUUUCAGUAUUGCUUUUAUGAAGAGAAGAGUGAGAAUUGUUAUUGACUCUUUUCAGACUGUUGGCAUAUAAAUAUCUCCUGGGGGAAAAAACACCUCAGUAACCACAGGCAAAUUGUGAGGGACAAAAAAGUUGCUUUACCUAAGCUGAACAUGUAAAGUAAAGAGACUCCCACAGCAACAUCUGCCCCUCUGGUUCUUCUUUUUCCCUCUCAAUCCACAGAGACCCGUAUCCAUAGAUAUAUCUAUAUUGUCUAUACCAAACAUCUCUAAACUUGCAGCCACAAUUCAGUUUACAUAACGAUCAGGAGACCACUCAGAAGCUAAUAGGAAAGCAGGGCAGAACAAACCGUAUUGGAAGCAGACACUGCUGAAGUCCUAUCCAUGUCUCCAGGAUGCUGCUAAUUGUCCAGUCAUUAAUGCCACAUACAUGAUUCAGCCACCCUUGAGGCCGUAUGUCCCCCUGCUCCCUCCACCCCUAUCAUCAACAGCCUGGGAACAAACCCAUCGACCAUUCUUUGCCUAAAAACUAAAUUGCCAGUUCUCCGAAGGACUGUUCUAAAUUUUGUGAAGAAAAAAAAAAACCAAGAAGUGAACUAAAACAGUGUAUGAAAGAUAUUAAAUGUUUAAAAAUCUUCUGGCAGCAGUUAUAUAAGCUCUUUUCUGUUCCAAAGUACAUAUCGGGAGGAUGUAACUAGGACAGUAAAAAUGUAAAAUAAAUACAAAUUGCCAGCUUGGAAGAAAAAAUUAUGUUCAUCUUACGGUCUUAAAACCAUUCAUGUGCAGUGAUUUUUUUUACAGUUUUCUAAUUUUGUAUUAUGUUUUGUAAAUUAUUUAUAAAGUGUUGUAAUGCUUCUUAUAUUAAUUUUUCUAUAAACAAAUUUUUGCUAUGAGGCAUAAAUGGUGCCUGAACAGAUUCUUAGGAAGAUAACUUACGUGUGAAUCAUGCAUCUUUGGGGGGCCAUAAAUAUUUUGCUUUAUUUUGUUACUUGCAACAUUUCUGGUUUCCAUUUGUAAACAAUUUUCAUGUAUUGAUUACAUUUGAAUACUUUUUUAAUUUUGCAUGUGACUAAAAGAUGGAUUGCUACCAGCAAAUGAAAAAAAGUCUCUUCAGUCAUAUGUGAAGGUUUAAUGGUUUUCCAAUGUAUUGAUCAUUGAAUUUUUAAAAAAAAUCUAUAUAUAUAAAAAAUUAUUAUUUGAAUAAUGAACCAAGGGUUCCCUUACUGUUCUGAUUUUGUCUUUUUAUGUUUUUCACUGAAAAGAUAUUUUGGACAGUUGAAGAAAUCAAAUGCAUUCAAAUGGUUCCAGUUUCUUUAUGUUAUUACUGAAAAAAAAAAACAUUAAAAAAGAAAAAAAAAAGAAAAAAAGAAAGAACAAGGAAGCAAAAAGGAGCUAAGAAGGAACAAGUAGAGGCGUAUCAAAGAACUCAAGCUAUAACCAAAAAGAAAUAUGUAAAAUGCCUUUGCUCGUCUUCUCAAUGCUGGACCAAAGCUCAAUGUAUGUAGGUAUAUGCACAUUGUAUAGAUAUGGCUAAAUGUUGCUGACAAUCUCGCAAUACUAAACUGUUACUAUUUAAAAAAAAAAAAAGAAAUACAAAAAUAAAACUGUUCAUCAGUGUUUUACCUCAGCACUCUACUUGUACCCAGUUAUUGACCAACAUUCAAAUAAGAAGAUAAGAGAGGAAAUUGAUUUCCAUGUCAAUGUUUGACUGUAAAAUCUGUUUGGAAAACAUUUUGUAAUGAGCUUUUUGUCAUGUGGUUUGCUUGUUUCCAACUUGAGAUUAUGUGGGGCACAUUUGUUUAUUUAUUGUUAAAAAGUGAUAUUAUUAUUAUUAUUAAUUAUUAUUAUUACUAUUAUUAUUAUUUUUGUCCUAUGUGCUAUAAUCUACAGAAUGGUCACCAGGGUCACUUAUGAAGCACUGCGAAGAGAUCUGUUUUUCCAUGCAUGGAGCAUGCAGCAGGAAAGAUGGCAGUACAAAAUGGACUGUAUUGUGUUGUUGAAAAAUACGAAUAAUUACAAAAGGAGUCGAUGUGGUGGACUUGUGACCAAGAAACCAAACUGGAUAUUUAAAAGCUCCUUACUACUCUGACUUUGAAACCAAAGCUGAUUUAUCUGCACAGGUUGCUUAACAUGAAAAAAAAAAAAAAACAUUAAAAAAACUGACAAAAACUGUAC